AUGUCGACUGCAUCGGCCGCUCCGGUAGGCGAUUCUCUACCGUCUGGGAUACCAGACCGACAAGGUUUAUUCGAUCCAUCAACAAUGACUGAAGCUGGCUGCUCGGGAGCGUAUCAAUGGACAACUUGGCUGGAUACAAAUGAUCCGACAGUAACCGAAGGCGACAUGGAAGUUACCAAACAUAUACAACAACUUUUUGCAUCAUAUAUGUGCCCAGUACCAAUUGCUGUCGAAGCGCGCACAGUUUUUGAUGAUGCUCCGUCCUCGACUGGUGACGUCUUCAAAGUGUCAAUAACGGAUGGUUUCUUGUGUCUGAAUCCUUACAUCAAUGGUUUUAAACAAAAAUUAUGUACUGAUUAUAAAGUUCGAUAUUGCUGUCCAGCAAGUACCAUUGGUCAAACAACCACUACUCAAGUAACGCCGACGCGUGCCUCGUGUGGUAAACAAUCAUUUCAACCAUUCCAACAAAGAAUUGUCGGUGGAAUUGAAGCCGCACCGAACUCAUGGCCAUGGAUCGUUUCUUUACAACAAAACGGAGGACACGUUUGUGGUGGAACAUUAAUUGAUAAUAGACAUGUUUUAACAGCAGCUCAUUGUUUAGACAGCGGUAGAAUGAACACAUAUUCCGUUAUCGUUGGUUUACAUAACCAACAGGAUCUGAAUACUGGGCAUACGCAACGUGUUUCAAUUCAACGUAUGUUCAUCCAUGAAAAAUAUGGUCGUGACCAAGAAGACAACGAUAUUGCUAUUUUAAGACUUACUACACCUGUUCAAUUAAAUCAGUAUGUGAAUAUUGCUUGUUUACCGGGACCGGAUCCCCCGGUCAAUGCAAAUGUGAUCGUAGCCGGAUGGGGACUGACAACAGAGUCCGGUUCGCCAAGUAGAGUUCUUCGACAAGUAACAUUACAAAUAAUGGAGCCACGUUGUUCGCAAGUUUAUUCAUCAUACACCAAAGAAAGGCAAAUGUGUGCCGGAACUGCACAAUAUACAAAAGAUUCAUGUCAAGGUGAUUCUGGAGGACCAUUAAUGUACGAAGCGAAUGGACAAUGGUAUGUCAGUGGAGUGGUCAGUUACGGGCAUGGAUGCGCACAAAAUGGCUAUCCAGGUGUGUACACAAGAGUCACCCAUUAUAUAUCGUGGAUCAAUAGUAAAUUGAACGCUGCAUAA